ACACUUAAUAAACUGUCGCUGUUGUUAUUUUUUUCCCUUAUAAUUUCGAACAUUAUUCUACACUUUAUAGCAUCGCUAAAUUAUCCCACUAAAUCAUGCCAAACAUAAAAAGCGGGCUCUAAAUUUUUGUUUGGCGCCUCUCCAAUUUUACCAAAAUAUAGGGCAGCAUACAUAUCUGUCUAUUAAAAAAGUGAAAAAGAAAUUAAAAAAAAAAAUAAAAAAAGCAAAUCAACCUAAGCUACAACGAGGAAGUUAUAGGGUUCUAUUCUAAAGUGGAAACAGUAAGCCAUUGAAACAAAAAUUCUCAAAAUUCUUGCACACUCAAAAUUUUCAAAUACCUAGCUAUUGAAGAUUGAUUCAUGGUUAAUGGGUGAUUUCUUUGGCGGAAACUCAAGAAUCAAUUGUAGAUUAAGAGGUACUUGGCCCAUUUGAAAUCAUUUGUGAGUAACAAAGCGUAACCAGAAGGGUCAAUUGCAGAAGGAUACCAUUUAGAAGAGACGAUUAACUUUUGUUCAAGAUACUUAGAAGAAAUUGAGACAUUAUUUUAUAGGCUGAAGAGAAAUGACAAUCAUAUUCUGGAUACAAGUGCUUAUUUAUUUAAUUCUGGUGGUCGAUUCAUUGGGGUGAAGAAAAUUGCUCGUUUAGAUACUAAAAGUCUAGAGCAAGCACAUCGCUACGUUUUACUUCAUUCUGAUGAGAUGGCUGAAUUUUGUGAUUCUUACGCCAGAAGCGUUGUGAGAAUCGAUUUAGAGGAGUAUGAAGUGACACAAUAAUAGAGUAUGAUUGGAUUAUAAAAGAUUUCUCUGAUUGGCUUAGAACCCAGGUACAUAACAUAGAUAGCGGUAGUGAGCAAGGGAAGCUAAGGAAAGCUUUAGCAAGUGGUUUAUAUGAUCGUACUACAGAGUAUAAAGGCUUUGUAAUCAAUGGCUACAAGUUUCCGACUGUAGACCAUGAACGCUACCGCAGGACACAAAAUUCAGGAGUUAUGGUUGAGGCAGAUGGCCAGUUUUACUAUGGAAAAGUCAGGAAAAUAUAUGAAUUAAGUUAUUAUGGGACUUAUAAGGUUGUGGUGUUUCGGUGUGAUUGGGCAGACAUUAGUAAGGGAUUGAAGAAAUAUAAGAAUGGGGGUAUUUCUAUCAACUUUUCAAAGUUGAUGCAUAGUGGACGAUUAAUGAAAGAUGAUCCUUUUAUUUUUUCAUCUCAAGCGAAACAGGUUUUUUAUGUUGAAGAUGAGAAUCUAAGCCUAGGGAUUUUUUUUUGAAAUGGGAGAUGAAUAAUUGAUGUGUAAUUACUGUUUCCAUUUUGAAUGUUGGUAUUACAUCUGAAUAUGUUUCGUAGCAAAAGAAUCAUGAGCAAUUAUGGUAAUGAUCAAGGUCAGAGAGCAGGUCAGAGUACAGGUCAAGGAGCAGACCAGGGAACAAGUCAAGGAGCAGGUCAGGGAACAAGUCAAGGAACAGGUCAGGGAACAAGUGUUGCUUAUACAGUCACUUCUGAUGAGCUUAAUAAUUCCAAUGCAUCUCAAAUGAAUUUUGGUGAAAACUCUUACAAUGACAAUGGGAAUGAAGCGUGUAGAAAUGGUGGAGGUUCAAGAAGGAAUGCCAAGAGAAAGAAGCGCUCCAUUCCUGUAAAUGGGAACUCUUCUAUUGACGAAGCCCAAGAUUGGAGUGAUGGUGUUAACUUUGAUGAAAGAGAGGAUGUUUGUGCUAUUGAUUCUGAAGGAAAUGUGCAGUUAUGGAGUGGUUCUAUACAACCACAUGAUGUGUGGUUUCUUGAAAAAGGAGUCAGAUUUGAAGUUACAUUCAACGGAUUUUGCCAACCAAUUAGAAAGGGCGGAUCAAUUCUUGUAAAAUUCAUUUCAAGUAUCGCAAAGAAAGAUGAUAUUUGUCCUAUAAGAGAUGUAAAUUGGCAAAAUGUGAAUAAAACAAUGCUAGGUGAUAUUGUUAAUUUGAUUUGUGAAAAAUUCAUCAUUCCAGAUGGUAAAAUCUAUGAUGAUGCAAUGCUUAAGCACGUGGGUAAGCAUCGUAGGCAGUGGAAGUUUGAGCUCAAAGCUAAAUAUUUCAAUCCCACAAUACGAACCAGAACACAAAUUGAAAAAGAUAGGCCAGGUGGAAUUGUUCGUGAGAAUUGGCUUCUGUUGGUCGAAUAUUGGUUUUCGAAUAAGAGCAAGAAUUAUUCUGAAAUCGGAAGAGAAGCACGUGCUUCUUUGGGAUAUCUACAUACUAAUGGUGCUACGAGCUUUGCUAAUUCAAGAGACGAAUUUGAGAUUGAGCAUGGAAGAGAGCCCGGUGCUUAUGAGUUUUUUGAUAAAACUCAUCAACCAAAGAAUGGAUGCUAUCCUAACAACACAAAUACUGCAGAAUUCAUUGACAUGGCAAAAAAAGGAUUGAUUCAAGUGCUUCAAAUUCAUCAACUCCGAAGCCUCAAGAAGUUAUAGAGAACGAAGUCUUCAAUGAUUUGAUGUAUGAUAAGGAUAAAAAAAACCAAAGACCAUUCGGUUAUGGAUUUGGGGUAAAUCAUAAUGACGGUUUGGAGUUCAUGCAUUAUUGCGGAAAAAAGGGGCACUUCUUAUAAUAGUAGCAAUGACCAAAUUAUGAAAGCUGAUUUUGCAAGGUAUAAGAGGCAUACCACAUACCUCUUAAUGAGACUGACAACACAGAUGACUAACGUGUUGGAUGCAGUGCGAAGCGGUAAUGUCUCUAAUGAAAUGUUAGAUGCUACUUCGACAGCAUUACGCUCCAUACAUGCUCAGAAUAUGGAAGAAUCAAAUGGAGGUGAUGAUGAAGAUGAAGACGAGGAUGUAGAUGACUUGGAUCUUUCUACUUGAUUGGGCAUGGAAAAAUAGCACAUAUAUUUACCUCAUUGAAUAUGGGAAACAAUACAACAUACAUUAUGGAAUAGGAAUCUGUUUUCUUUUGGUUGACCAUUGUUACAAAUGGAGAUCGACAUUGAACUUAAUUUCUUGUUUAGAAUUUUAGCAUUAUCGGAAUUUAUGAUUAUGUUAUUAUGAUGAUGAACGAAUUUUAAGUUUAUGUAUGGAUUGUCGGAGAUUGUGGUUUUGUUAUUUAUAGAAUGAGAUAUGUAGUACUACUUUUCUUAUUGUUUAACUUUUACUUAUUUAUUA